AUGGUCGAUGAGGAAGAAGCUGUAGCAGAUUCUCCGCCCAAAGCAUGCGGUCCUGUGCGGCUUCCUGCUACGGCAACGCGUGUCGUCGAUGCAGAUGAGGAGAUCUUUCUACUUUACACGUCCCUUGCAGCACGAGGACCUUGCAACGGUUUGACUGGCUUCCGUGGAUUGGGUCACAUAGACUCGCAUCAUGACACCCUUACAAUCGAGUUUACUCUCGAUGAACCUCAUGACUCAACUGCACAAGGUCCAACUCAAUCAUCUACAAGGCAGAACUCUAAGAAGCUUGCUCGUCAGGAACAGACCCUGACAGUAGAACUGUUCCAAGACAAGACGGCUCUCCGCAGUCGCAAAGGAGAUACCGGCAGCGUGCUUUGGCAUGCAAGGCACGCUGCUCAGUUGUUAUCUGACGCAAGGGCCGGCACCGGACUUCUGAGCAUUGUCUUAUCACCUCUUGUUAUGCGUUAUACCGCGACCGACAUCGAGGAUCUAAUCCCGCUCAUACGGAAGAAUCUCGCGCAUAACUCACCGAGGAAUCCCCCUGCUGCGAAGACGUCCCAGAAGACCAAGUAUGCACGCGGGAGGAUUGUCGAUCACACACCCAACGUCAUUGCCGAAGCACUGGAUUGGGUUGUGCUGCAUAAUGCCUCUCCAUCCAUCCGCCGAUCGCUAUGCUCGUUCGCACCGGUCAAUCUGCUCCUAGUGGUCGACUGCAUUUACCAUCCAUCACUCCUGCCAGCGUUGCUAUCAACGAUAGACUGCCUAGCUGUCCCCAGAGAUACUACGGUGUUGGUAAUCGUCGAACUGAGGGCGGAGGACGUUGUUAGAGAAUUCCUUGACCGAUGGUUGAGUUUGUCCUCCGCAACAGGCGGGCAAUGGGAGAUUUGGAGCCUCAGAGAUGUGUUGGAUGGACCCUAUGCUGCAUGGGUGGGUUGGAAAAGGUGA